AUCUUCCUUCAACAUUAUUCCCUGUUUGUUUGUUUUUUCCCAUUCUACCCUGAAGUCAGCUACUUUCAUUCAAAAAGUCUUCCCAUAGCGCCAUUUUCUAUCCUUUACUCCUUUCCACAACCUACAAACAUUCUGUCACCAAACACACCUUUAUCACUCUUCUUCCUUACCCAAUUUGGCUUCACUAACCUUCCAUUUUUAGGGAAUUCUUUAGUAAAUUAGUUAAAACUAAGUCAAAGUUUGAAACUUUAUUAUUCAAACAUCUGGGUAUUUUCUGAACACUUCUUUCUGUUAACUUUUUGUGCAAAAAUUAUACUAUCUUGGUUGGAAAUUUUGAAAUAAAGGGUUUCUUGUAGAAUUGGUGAUAAUACAAGAACUUGGUCAAAAAACCCAGCUUUUUUCUGGGCAAUUUUGGUUGAACUUUAUCUUGUAAAGAUGUCUGGAUUUUUAUGAAAAGAAGGAAAAUGAAUGAUUAUUGGUGGACCAAUGUGUGCUUAACAUGGAGAAUUCUGGUUUUUAUUGGGAUAUUCCUGCUAAAUUCUAUCUUUUGUUGGUCUCUCAAUCAUGAAGGAAUUUCCCUAUUAAAGUUCAAAGAAAGAUUGGUGAAUGACCCAUUUGGAGGCUUGUCAAGUUGGAAUGAGGAAAAUGGAGAAGUUAACCCAUGUUCAUGGUUUGGAGUAGGGUGUGCUAGUGGGCAAGUGGUUUCCCUGAAUUUGACAAAUCUUUGUCUUGAGGGAACACUAGCUCCAGAACUUCAUCAUCUGCUGCACAUAAAGUCCAUCAUAUUACGGAACAAUUCCUUUUCUGGGUUGAUUCCUGGAGAAAUUAGAAAUCUAAAAGAAUUGAAGUUGCUAGACUUGAGUUUCAAUAAUUUUCGUGAACCAAUCACACAUGAAUCAGGAUCCAACAUCCCUAUCUUUAUAUUAGAAAAGAAUGGAUUAUCCUGCCACGUAUCUUCUGAAGUUCAUGAAGAGGAGAACCUAUCUAUAAAAUCUCUGAAAGUAUUAUCAUAUUUCAGGCAUAAUGAUCAAGCAAAAGAUGUAAGACAUUCGAGAAUACUGCAGGAUGCUAAUAGAACUCAAGCCUCUGAAAUAUCUCCACCUGACGGGACAGAUUCAACUAGUGGAGGUGGUUCUGCUAAAUCUUUAGAUGAUCUAGUUACGAAUUCACCACCAAAGCCACCACUCACACCCCCUCCGUCUCCACUACAUAAUCUCCCACCGCAGCUACCAGAACCUCAACCUCCACCUCCACCUCCACCUCCUGAUUCUCCUUUGUCUCCCCCAUCUCCUUCACGAGCUGGUGGAUUAAGUGGAAAAGAUAAACUUCUGAUAGGAUUUGGAACAGGAGGUGGAAUCAUUGGUUUGGUUUUAAUCAGCUUUUUACUAUACUUUUUAAGGGGCAGUAAAAUAAAAAAGGUUACAAGAUUUAGUGGACAACUUAAAAAAGCAUUUGUACCAGGUAAUGAUAGAUCAGAUGGAGUCAAUAUUGAUAAACCAAGCUUUGUUGAAGGGGUUCCAAAUCUGAAGUGGUCCGAGCUUCAAACAGCUUGUGAAGAUUUCAGCAAUGUCAUUGGAUCAUCAUCCAUUGGUACGAUAUACAAAGGCACGCUUUCUAAUGGAGUUGAAAUAGCUGUUAUAUCUCUUUGUGUAACUUCUGCCAAAGACUGGUCAAGGAAUUUGGAGACACAGUUCAGAAAGAAGAUUGAGACUUUAUCAAAGGUGAACCACAAAAAUUUUGUUAACCUUAUAGGUUACUGUGAGGAAGAGGAGCCUUUUGCCAGAUUAAUGAUUUUCGAAUAUGCUCCAAAUGGCUCGCUUUUUGAGCAUCUGCAUGUAAGGGAAGCCGAGCACUUAGAUUGGGGAAUGCGGCUAAGAGUUGCCAUGGGAAUGUCAUACUGCCUUGAGCAUAUGCACCAAUUAACACCACCAGUGACUCACCCAAACCUCAACUCAUCAGCUGUAAACCUCUCUGAAGACUAUGCUGCAAAAAUAUCUGAUUUCUGUUUCUGGAACGAAGUGGCAGCAGCUCCACGAGUUCAGCCUGUCGCUAAUGGCAUGAGUGGUUUAAGUACAAUAUCAGUUAGCCCCAAGAGCAAUGUCUAUAACUUCGGCUUGUUGCUCCUAGAGAUGAUGACAGGCCGUAUCCCUCAUUCUCUAGAGAACAACUCAAUUGAUCAUUGGGUGUCAGAGUAUUUAAGUGGGGAACAACCUCUUGAAGAAUUGAUUGAUCCUAUGUUGAGACAAUUCAAACCAGAACAGCUUAAUAACAUAAGUGAAGUGAUAAGAAAAUGUCUUCAUUCUGAACAACAUAGACCUACAAUGAAAGAUGUUACUGCAAGAUUGAGGGAGAUAACAGGUGUUGCUCAGGAUAAAGCGGUUCCACGAUUCUCUUCCCUUUGGUGGGCUGAGCUUGAUGCUCGUUCUGUAAAUGGAACGUAGAAGAUAUUGUUCGAAUUUUUGAGUGUGAAGAGGGUGAAGAUAUACUGAAAUCUAUUGUAGUAGUGGUUAAUGUUUUGAAGAACGAAAGCAGGUACUUAGUAAAAAGCAGGUCACACUUGCUUGUUAUGGUAAAUAUUUGGUAUGUUAUGCUUGCAAGGUUGAUAAAUGUCUACGGAGUACACUUGAUGGUUCCAUUUUGGUCUGACUA